AUGCCACUGCACGAGAUUUUAGAAUUUUUGCUCAUUAAGCAACGUCCCGAGAAGCAAAGCCUGUGCAAGAGCCUCCGUCGCGACGCCCACAUCAAGUGCCUCGUCCUGACCCUCCUGAUCAUCGGCUGCUUGGCCGCCCUGGUGUGGUGCCAGUGCGCCCGCGUCACGCGUCUCGUCGUCAACUUCCACAGCUUCCCCAUCACCACCCGCAGGACGGCCAGCCCCUGCGAGGAGGGCUACGUCUUCAUCCCCCUCGCCUUCAUGGCCAUGCUGUAUCUCGUCUACCUGGUCGAAUGCUGGCAUUGCACCACCAGGAUGGAGUUGGCCUACAAGGUGGAUUCCUCUUUCGUCUACGAGCACAUCCAACAGAUGAGAGAGACCCAACCCGUCAUCUGGUGGAAAGCUGUGUGCUAUCACUACGUUAGAAGGACGAGACACGUGACACGGUAUCGUAAUGGCGAUGCCUACACCACAACACAAGUCUACUACGAGAGAGUCAACUCGCACGGGUCAGGAGCCAGCUUCGCUUACACGAACUGCGGAGUGAAGGACAUCUCCAAAAAGCUGAUCGACUUGGAGAAGCACCCUGCCACCAAGAUACGCUUCAGUAAGGGCUUCGCAUUCGCCAACUUGGAUGCAGCGAACGAGUUCGACGAACAGAGGAGACGAUUCUUCCACGAGAACGAAAGACUGGAUGAUUAUAUGGAAAUGUGCGAAGGUUUGGACCUGGUGGGCGUCAACUUUCAGGAGCACAUGGUUGCUUUCGCAGAACCCCACAGGCUGCCUUGGUACGUCUCUCACAUGAUCUUCUGGAUCUUCAGCUUGUUUCUGCUCUCCUGGCCUCUACGCGUGCUCAUCCAAUACAAAACUGCUUACGUCCACUACCAGGUGAACAAGCUCUUCGGCGUCAAUUACCUCACCCCCUCCAGCGAGGCGCAGAUCGUGGGCCACAUGUCGAGGGGCACCACCAUCGACAGCUCCGAAUUCGAGCGGCAGAUCAUCAACAACAAUACCAUCGCCCCUAGCUACUCAGAAUCACUCCUCCUCAGAUCCUCAAGUUCUUUCAUGGAACAGAACAGAACUCAGACCCAAAUUCAAAUAACAGCACCCGAAACCAACCUUGCACCCCCAAGUAGGUCUUCGUCGUCAAGACGAUUCUCAACCACUGGAAUUCCUGUUUCCAUCAGUAGAUCUUCCCUCCAAAAUGGUCGAGUUGUCUAUUAUGUAUCUCCCCUGGAGGACACUAAUAACGAAAAUAGUUCCAGGCGGCCAGCUGAAGAUGGUACUACCACCUCAGAGAUACCUCCUCCACCGUCAUAUGACGACGCCUUACGCCAUUGUCGACCCCUAUUCCUGCCUCUAAGAAGGUCCAUAACGGACAGGGACAUACAGAGGAGACUUCCUCUAGUGUUUGUUCAUCAAAGUCACCAAAGGGACACCCUACCAUUGGGAGACCACAUAGAGGAAAACGAACCUGAAACGGUACAAACGAGUUUAUGACCAGUAGGGAGUUUGGAAUCAAACAAUCAGUCAAGCAGUGCGAAAUAUGAGCAUGUUGAAGAAUGAAGCACUCAUUAGCAGAUGAAAUAAAUAUCAAGA